AUGUCUGCCGCAGAUAACCGCCAAAUCAAACUAGAGAAAGCUAUACGGGAUGAUGCAUUGAGUAAGCCAGUUCCGGAAACAUCAAAAGGAUUCGCUCUCAUGGCAAAGAUGGGAUUUAAGCCUGGAAUGAGCCUUGGGAAGAAGAAAGAUGUGGAAGAUCUUGGUUCAGGAAUCAAAGAGCCCAUCAAAAUGGAGGUAAAGGUUUCUCGAAGUGGACUAGGGCACGAUAGUGAACAGGAAUAUCGAGCAAAACAGAGACUAAAGCAAGAGAUGGAAAGCAUGAAAAGAAGAGCAGAGCAAGCAGUUGAGUUGAUUGAUGAUUAUCGAAAAAGAAAACGAGGCAUGUCGAAUACCAAAGAUCUCAUUCGUGACAUUAUAGCAAGCAGAAAAGUUUGCGUCGAGAUGAAUAUUGAGCAUCCUAAACAAUCAUGGUUUUGGAAAAGUUACAAGAAGCCGACUAGUACAGAUGUUCUCGAAGGGCAUCAACGUGCCGGAAGCCCUGAGGAUGAAGACCCAAGGUAUUUUUAUGCAAACGGUAAUGAGGCGCCGGAGGAAGAACGCUUUGAUGAACUUAGCGACGAAGAACUGCUUGAGAGGUACGGAAUAUAGUG